ACCACACCACUCAACAAAGCCCAAAUCCAAUGAGUUAGAUACCGACGGCGACGGACAUGCCCAGAAUAAUUGAAAGGAUCCGAUUCCCGAGAGUAUUCGUUCAAAAUUGAACAGAACCGGGCAGCGCGGGUGUUGCCGCAAAAAUACCAAAAAGAUAUCUGAAAGAAGGACCUUCCCUCCAAAAUUAUAGUGAAAAUCUGAGACACGCAAGACACCAAUUUGAAAACUCGAAGAAAUUUGGGAUUUCUCAAGGUUUCAUUUUCUUGUUCCCGCCGGGUGGUUCUCUUCCCACCCCUCCCCAACACAACGAACUCAACUCUCUUUCUUCGAUCAAUUUCGUUUCGUUUCAAUAUCUUUACACGCCAAACAAAGCCAAACCAGAUGGACAAAUCAGCAACUCUUCUUUGUCAACAAACAAAUCCCAGAGACCACAUGGACUCCAAAUUCCAAGGCUUGCCUCCUCUUAAGAGAUUCAGGCUCAUGCAACUACAAGAAGAAGGACGACAACAUCAACUUCAACAAGGAGACACCGCCGUGUUCUCUUCACGACUUCCUGCCAAGAAAAGAAAGGAGUCUCGGGAUUCACCUCUUUUUUUCGCUGAACACGUUGCUGCCACCAACUCUCCAUCCACCUAUUCCUUGCCUGCCAAGAAAAGGGUAUGGGCGCUUCAACCAGAUUUCAUUCCCGACAAGCCCUUCUCGCCGCCUUUUGACCUCAAUGUCGAAUACAAGCAAGGUCUGGCUUUCGAGGAAGAGGCGGAAGCAGUAAAGAAAGAAGGAACCCCACUCGUAAAUGUAACAGAUCAAUCUCUUCCUAACACUAGCCAAAAGGAAAACGAGGAUGCUGUCGAUGCUGUUAAUGAUAGUUGUGAAGGUGACGAUGACGACGAUGGUAUUAUAUGUGCUAUCUGCCAAAGCACAGAUGGGGACCCCUCAGACCCAAUUGUGCUCUGUGAUGGCUGUGAUCUAAUGGUGCACGCCUCCUGCUAUGGCAAUCCCCUUGUGAAGAGCAUUCCCGAAGGCGAUUGGUUUUGCGCCCAAUGUCUAAUCUCUUCCUCUGAAACCGAGAAAUAUGAAAAGUCUUCUUCUUGCUGCCUAUGUCCAACCAACGGAGGUGCAUCGAAGCCCACAGUAGACGGCCGCUGGGCACAUAUUGUGUGCGCGCUGCUGGUUCCGGAAGUGUUCUUCCGGGACGCUGAAGGUCGGGAGGAGAUUGAUUGCUCCAAGGUUCCUAAGAAGAGAUGGGAAGAUAAGUGUUAUCUUUGCAAGAGUACAAGUGGAUGUGCUGUUCAGUGCUCUGAGCCCAGCUGCCCUUUAGCCUUUCAUGUCACUUGCGGAUUGAAGGAGGAUCUUUGUAUUGAGUACAGGGAAGGGAGGAAGAGGGGUGCUAUUGUGGCUGGGUUCUGCAAAAACCACACUGUGUUAUGGAGAAAGCAACAACAAACUGGGAAAUUCAAGAUAGUAGCCAGAGAGGAGCACAAGUAGUUUAAUUGAGGUAGCUUCCCUGUUUCUUGUGGUAACAUACAGUUAGAUCUUCUGAUUGGUAUUUAGAAAUGAGUUUUUGCUUUCGGUGGCAAUGGUAGAUUCCUGUAACUUCCAGUUAAUUAUCCUGGUGCGCAUUUCAUUAUGAUAAUUUUUUUAUGACCAUUCUUAAUUAAAUGGUGAAUCCAGUGAAAAAGUUGAUCAAAUAACCGUUACUGAAUUUUCACUAGUCCAAGAAACUCGGGUUCGAUCUUGCUUUAAAGGUGACUGGUUGAAAAGGUUGACAUUGGUGGUUAAAAAAGACAGACCACCGGAUGAGGAGAUAUGAUCUAAACUAGGAAUAAUUUUAUUUGCUGCCUAUAUAAUUAUGGAUGGUGUUCUAUCUUGUUCAUUUACUGUUUCCUAGCUAGAGAUGUUCGAUGGCAGCAAACUGACUAGAAUUAUAGUUGCUUAUCCGAAAUAAUUUGUAUAUAUGGAAGCCUUUUUCAUUAUCACUUCCUUGUAUUUAUUUUGGUAAGAUGUACAAUCAUUUGCG